UUAAGUACUGAGGAGGUGGAUUAUGAUCCCUCCCCUUCGCCUAUAAAUUAGGACUAGGAAUGAAAGAAACACAUUAACUCAGUUUUAUUCUCUUGGAGCAGAAUAACACCAAAAGUGGACAACAUGAAUUCAGCUUUACUGCUGUCUUUGCUUCUACCAGUUGCAGUUGUUUCCCAUGUACUGGACCUGCCGCCCAAAGUUCUGUUCAAACUGGGUGACAGGAGAGAGUUAAGAUGUAGCAUGUCAUCUUGCCCCGGGAAGGUGAAGUUUGUUUGGAAGCCAUUAGGAGACAAACCGAUAUACGCUACUAUUAAAACACAGGACAGUGUAUCUGUGCUGGUCUAUGACAAUGUGAAAAAGUAUCACGAAUACUCCUUAGUGUGCAAAGCAACCUGUGAAAAGGAGACAAAACAGGCGACAGCAACGAUUCAAGUUUAUUCUUUUUCAAGAAACCCAGUAAUAUCUGGACAUGACAGCUUGAAACUGGGUGAGAAAAAUGUCCUGCGCUGUGAAGUGUCUUCUGUACACCCUCCGGAGUUACUCACAGUGCAGUGGCUCUAUGAAGGUGAAGUUCUUCAGACUAAUGAGGGAGAACCUGAGAGUAAUUACAUAUUCACACCUUCAAGUGAGGAUGAUGGGAAGGUGAUAACAUGCAGAGCAUCACUUAAUGUUGAUGGUAUACCACUUGAUGAGAAGACCAAGGAGACGUCUGUACACAUGACAGUUUUCUCUGCACCGCACAAUGUUAAAGUAUCUGGAGCGACCGCCGUCCCGCUGGGAUCCAGUUUAAAUUUGACCUGUGAGGCCGAGGGCGAGCCAAAGCCUGCGUUUACAUGGACCGCUCUCAAACCAGAUGGCCAGUCUGUGGAAAUGGGAAAACAUCGAGAUCUCCUCGUACAUAACGUGUCCCUAUCAGAUGCUGCUACUUACCAGUGUGACGUUAGAAAUGACUUUGGAAGCCAAAGGGCCAAUGUUUCAGUAGUCGUUCAAGCACCUCCUAUGAAUACCCUGAUUGAAGCAAGUCCACAAUCCAUUCUGAAGGAAGGAGAAUCUGUGAACAUUUCCUGCAAGUCCAGCGUAGUCCCAGUGACACACGUGGUGCUCAGCAGCAGGGUGAAUGGUGCAAAAAUAGAGCUAGCGUCUAGUAAAGAGGCUGAAACAUCAUUAGCCCUCCUCUCUGUCAAUCUGACCGACUCUGGAGAGUUUGUGUGUGAGGCUUUCAAUGAUUAUGGCAGUCAGGAGACUACUCUCAAUCUAACUGUUGAAGCUCAUUUGCUAGAAGUGGUGUUACAACCGGACGAGGUCGUGUUGGAGAGAGGCUCCAGGCUGGUCCUCUCAUGUCAGGCUUUCGGUUGCCCUCAACCCAAGUUCUCCUGGAAGAAUCUUUCAAAUAAGCCGAUCCUCAGGCUACUUGAGACGGAUGACUUACAGUCCCAGCUGGUGUUUGAUCUAGUGGAGUUGGAAGAUGAGGGAACUUUCCUUUGUGAGGUCACAUGUGGCUCGAUCAAGAAGUCCAAACAGACAGAAGUCAAGGUGUUUUCUUUUUCAAGAAACCCAGUAAUAUCUGGACAUGACAGCUUGAAACUGGGUGAGAAAAAUGUCCUGCGCUGUGAAGUGUCUUCUGUACACCCUCUGGAGCACCUCACAGUGCAGUGGCUCUAUGAAGGUAAAGUUCUUCAGACUGAUGAGGGAGAACCUAAGAGAGAUACAUUUUCAAGUAAUUACAUAUUCACACCUUCAAGUGAGGAUGAUGGGAAGGCAAUAACAUGCAGAGCAUCACUUGAUGUUGAUGGUAUACCACUUGAUGAGAAGACCAAGGAGACGUCUGUACACAUGACAGUUUUCUCUGCACCGCACAAUGUUAAAAUAUCUGGAGCGACCGCCGUCCCGCUGGGAUCCAGUUUAAAUUUGACCUGUGAGGCCGAGGGCAAGCCAAAGCCUGCGUUUACAUGGACGGCUUUUAAACCAGAUGGCCAGUCUGUGGAAAUGGGAAAACAUCGAGAUCUCCUCGUACAUAACAUGUCCUUAUCAGAUGCUGCUACUUACCAGUGUGACGUUACAAAUGACUUUGGAAGCCAAAGGGCCAAUGUUUCAGUAGUCGUUCAAGCACCUCCUAUGAAUACCCUGAUUGAAGCAAGUCCACAAUCCAUUCUGAAGGAAGGAGAAUCUGUGAACAUUUCCUGCAAGUCCAGCGUAGUCCCAGUGACACACGUGGUGCUCAGCAGGAGGGUGAAUGGUGCAAAAAUAGAGCUAGCGUCUAGUAAAGAGGCUGAAACAUCAUUAGCCCUCCUCUCUGUCAAUCUGACCGACUCUGGAGAGUUUGUGUGUGAGGCUUUCAAUGAUUAUGGCAGUCAGGAGACUACUCUCAAUCUAACUGUUGAAGCUCAUUUGCUAGAAGUUGUGUUACAACCGGACAAGGUCGUGUUAGAGAGAGGCUCCAGGCUGGUCCUCUCAUGUCAGGCUUUCGGUUGCCCUCAACCCAAGUUCUCCUGGAAGAAUCUUUCAAAAACGCCGAUCCUCAGGCGACUUGAGACGGAUGACUUACAGUCCCAGCUGGUGUUUGAUCUAGUGGAGUUGGAAGAUGAGGGAACUUACCUUUGUGAGGUCACAUGUGGCUCGAUCAAGAAGUCCAAACAGACAGAAGUCAAGGUGUUUUAUCCCCCGAGAGUGCCCAGAAUCACUGUGAGCCCACUGACGGAAUUGAAGGAAGGAGAAUCCGUGACCAUUUCUUGCCUUUCCGACAGCUUUCCAGUGGGGCGUACGGUGCUGAACAGGGUGGUGGACGGCAUACAAACAGAAUUAAUGGCCAGUGAUAGGCUUGAAACAUUGUUUACCAUUCCUUCGCUUGAGCUGGAUGACUCUGGCAUCUAUAUUUGUGAAACUUCUAACAUGUAUGGAAGCCGCAAUGAUAGUGUGGAGAUUACAGUAAAAGCACCACCCAGGAAUAUGACAGUGGAGAUCUUUCCAUCCACGGAUGUUCAGGAGGGGCAGAAUAUCACCAUCUGUUGUCGCUCCGUGAGCUUCCCUCCACCUGCGGUUGUCCUCAGUAAGCUGGAUAGUGAGAAACAUGUCUACUCUCUUGAUGGUGUAUUCCUACUGAUCAACCUCAAACCCAACGACACAGGCUUAUAUCAGAUCAACGUCACCAACUAUCUGGGCUACGAGACAGAGACUUUUAAUAUCAAUGUGAUAGAGAAAAGAGUCAACCCUCCAUUUGGCUGGAAUGAUUUUUUUAUGCCUGCGAUUAGCCUGGGAGUUGCUGCUGCGCUGCUCGGUGUUGUGGUGUACAUGUGGAGAGCUAGAAAGAAGGGAUCUUACGACCUUGCCAAAUGUAAUCCAGGUACCGUGUAGGCUGUGUUUACAUUCCAUUGGCUGUUCUGGAGGCAGCUACACUGGGAUGAAGUGUCUUGUCGGGGCCAAGGGCCUCCCUAAAGCAAGAACUGCAGGUGCCUGGAUUCAUCACCUUGAACAUCAGGUGACCAUAACCCCAGCUGGAUGGGAACCUGCAUUCUCCACAGCAAGAGACAAUCAAUGUGACCGUGAUUUGGCGCGCAUCCCCAGAGAAAGCAAAUCGAACCAGUGCGGUUCCUUUGUGUUGCUUGUGUUGGGAAGUGUCAACUCUUUUAGAGACCACCUGGUCUGCACUUCAAGAAGUUUUCAAGUGUGGAAGUAUAAGUUGAAAUGCAAAUUGUGAAACAUACAUGUAAACAUUUUAGCAUUUAAGAGAAAAUAACCUAGCCAACAUGUUUUAAUUGAACUGUUUGGUACAAUUUCAUAAGUCUCAUGUAGCCUAUUGUGUCCUAAAAAGUUUGUAUUUGUAUUGGGUGAAAUCUUUCGUUGUCAUAUUUAUUAAAGUAUCAGGUUUCUGUCAAUUGACCUGGGAAAGUUUUUUCUGGGAAAAUCCGUGGAAAAUUUGAUUCGCAGGAAAUCCACAGCGUCUUUUAUAGCUUCACUUUCACUUUAACAUUUCACUUUUGCUUUUCGGUUUUUUUGCAAUGUUUUCCUGUCCGUUCAGCACAAUAAAGGUGGGAUGAUUUGGAUAAGCUUAUUGUUCACUGCCUGUGUGCAAGCCAUUUUCCGAAUUUCCAACAAGUCAGGAACAAGCACACCUUCCAAAAAUAAACCACUCCACAUAUGUGCCUCCAUCCUGUCAAGACCAAUCAGACGCUCUGGAAAACAUCUGUUUCUGGUUACUGUUUAUUUUGUCCUGCAAAUAAAGACCAAAUGAUUAAAAA